AUGGCUCGCUUCGUGCCUUAUCUCAGCCCUGAGAAAUUGAAGGAGUUGGCUGGUACUGCCAACGCCAUUGUCGCUCCUGGCAAGGGGAUUCUGGCUGCCGAUGAGAGCACUGGUAUGUUCCGCCAUUUUGCCUCAAACCUUGAUAGGCACUAUUGGGAAGCGGUUCGCCUCCAUUGGUUUGGAGAACACAGAGGAAAACCGUCGGGCGUACCGUGAACUUCUCUUCACCACCGACCCUGAGUUCGCCAAAAACAUCUCUGGCGUCAUCCUCUUCCACGAGACUGUCUACCAAAAGACCAAGGACGGGAAACCCUUUGUUCAACUUCUGAAAGAAAGGGGUGUGAUCCCUGGCAUUAAAGUCGACACGGGUGUUGUUCCUCUCGGUGGCACCUCAAACGAGUGCACAACCCAGGGUCUGGACGGCCUGGCAGAACGUUGUGCCCAAUACUAUAAAGACGGUUGCCGAUUUGCCAAGUGGAGAUGCGUUCUCAAGAUUUCCUCGCACAAUCCGUCAUACCUAGCUAUGCUUGAAAAUGCGAAUGUUCUCGCGCGGUAUGCAUCCAUUUGUCAGCAGGUGAGUUUCUGCCAUUGAACAACUUCCAAAAAUGGUAUUUUCUGGCGUCCUCGCUCUGAGGUGCAUUAUCUAUUACCUUUGUUCGUCUGACAGAAUGGUCUGGUGCCGAUUGUUGAGCCUGAGGUCCUUCCUGAUGGAGAUCACGACUUAGAAACGGCCCAGCGCGUUACCGAGGAUGUUCUCGCUUUUGUAUACAAAGCCCUUGCCGAUCACCAUGUCUACCUAGAGGGUACUCUUCUAAAGCCAAAUAUGGUUACCGCGGGUCAGAGUUGUCCCAAGAAAUACACGUGCCAGGAGAAUGCACGCGCCACAGUUGAGGCUCUUCAGCGCCGUGUCCCUGCGUCUGUUCCUGGUAAUUAACUGGCUAUUACAAAUUGCUGCUUAUCACCUUGUGUAAAGUGUAUAGAUAGUUUUAUCGCGACUAACAUUCUUCAAUACUCUCUUUUACCUGCUCCCUUCACAGCUUCCUAAAACGCGGCGUUUCACCCGCUGGUUUUUGUUGCGUUGUUUUGCCUCUUUUUCGACUUGUAAAUGUGCAAGCCCCUUCCCUGGUAGUUCGACUUAUUCUUGCUUGUUUUAGGUAUCGUGUUCUUGUCUGGUGGCCAGUCUGAGACUGAUGCCACCAAGAACCUAAACGAAAUUAACAAGUACCCCGGAAAGAAGCCAUGGGCUCUGAGCUUCAGCUUCGGACGUGCCCUGCAGGCCUCUGCAAUUGCUGCAUGGAAGGGCAAGCCCGAAAACGUCAAGGCCGGACAGACCGAAUUUCUCAAUCUUGCUAAAGUAAUUCUUUCGUCAUGUUCUAAGAUGUUUUGAAGAGUACACACGAGGCUUUCAUAUUUCCGUUUGAAUAAUUGGCCUUAUUCUCGGACCCACUUACGCCACUCUUUUCUUCUCUACAGGCAAACGGAGCAGCUGCUUUGGGCAAGUUCGAGGGCCAUCUACAAACAGCGGCCGGUGACAAGUCUCUUUUCGUCGCCAACCAUGCAUACUAA